UAGUGUGCACCAGGCUUAACUUAUUUCAUUGAAUUCAUCAUCUAUUGUGAACUAAUGCUGAAUUGCAGCCAACUGAAUUGACAAUUGUCAAAAAUAUGACAGUUCAUUACAUCUCCGAACGAGCCAUACAUUUUGAUUUUUGUUUUGUUUACUUCGAGAAUUUCUUCCAAAAAACAUCUUUUCAAAUAAAAAUCUUGAAAAAUGAGUAAAACUCAUAACGCCACAAACAAUGACGACAUCGUUGACAACCUAGUCACACAAAUCCAAGCAAAUGAAUUAAGAAAAUGUAAGGUCAAACUUAACUACCUCGACGCAUUGACUCCUAAAAAACGAAGGAAACCAAACCCACCUAAAAACUAUGAAUUCUUCGAAGUGACCAUACCAUCUAUGACGCUUGACGAUUUUCGUCAUCAUUUUCGGAUGACUCGCAGCUGCUGUGAGGACAUAAUGACGAGGGUUGGAAAUAGAAUUCGUGUUUUUAAUAUACAAAAGAAAUUCCUCUUCACCGUUUGGAUGCUGACAACCCGUGAAAGUUUCGGUGCUGUUGGCACUCGAUUCGGUUUGUCCAAGGGUCCGUCGCAUCAGUACUUUCGUGAUAUAAUGGAUGGCUUGAUUGUUCUCUUUAAGGAAUACGUAGCAUGGCCAAGUGUAGUGGAACUAUCACAUAUUGAACAGGGUUUCAAGCCCAAGUCGGGUGGCUACGUGCCUGGAAUUGUUGGCGCCAUCGAUAGUUGCCAUUUACUCAUCAAGAAACCAUCUCGAUACUCAAUCUAUUGCAAUCCCAAGCAGACUCAUUCAAUUAUUCUCCAAGGCGUCUGCGAUCAUCAGAAAAUAUUUACAGACAUAUACGUUGGUGCCCCAGGUUGUUUGACCCCUGAAAGAGUGUACAACAACAGUCCACUUUCAAAGCUUAUCAAAGAACUCAUCCCGGAGGACUAUCACAUCGUCGGAAACAUCUUCAUACCACAAAAACAAAACUUAAUUGUACCUUUCCCUGAUCAGGACACCCUAAAUCAACCCCAGAAAGUCUUUAACGAGUGUUUAGCAGCAGCUAAUAUGACAAUCCUACAAGCGUUUCAACUGCUACUGGCCCGCUUUCGCAGAUUAACAUUCCUGGACACGGCUAAUCCCGAAAUGGCCAAUAAAAUGAUCUGCAGCUGCGUUAUUUUGCACAAUCAUAUUCUCAUGCAUGAUCUGGAUGAGAAUCCAGAAGAAUUUCUCAAUGAAUGGCCAGAACUUUAUAUGAAUGAGGAUCCUUCGGGAGUCAUUGCCAGCGAUGAUGACGCUGACGGAUUAGCUAAGAGGGAUUAUUUGGUAUCGUUGUUGGAGUUUAUUUAAAAUAAAAUAUAAGAUUGCCUA